UCACCCGGCGGAGCUAUCGGGAAGACCAGCUUAACUUUCUGUUGAGAGCAAUGACUGAAGUCUCAAAUUAGACUGGACUGCUCCGAGCCUUGGGCUGGGGAGGGAAAGUGACUCACUGGAAGGAUAGAACGAGUCAGAGUGGGUCUGCUGGGGAGUGGGAGCGCCGUCUCGUGGUGUUUAGCCGGGGCUCUUCCAGAGCUCGAUUUAUGGCUCGCAGCUGUUGAGUGGCUGACAGACGUGUGAGGGACUCGAGCGCUGCUGCUUCUCAAGCUGCUCUUACCAGCUCCAGCUCUGCUUACAGUUGCAUCGGAAAGAGGACUGCUGUGUCUGAACACACAACGCCAGCAGAUGGUGCGGGAGCAGUAUGUCACCACCACCCAGGGCAGCAGCUCGCCCAGGCCGGUGCCCGACCACGUCUACAAGAUCGGCAUCUAUGGCUGGAGGAAGCGCUGCCUCUACCUGUUUGUCCUGCUGCUCAUCACCAUCCUGGUGGUGAACUUCGCCCUCACCAUCUGGAUCUUCAGGGUGAUGUGGUUCAACACGGAAGGGAUGGGACUCCUGCAAGUAAACUCAGAUGGGGUCAAGCUGGAUGAGGGAGAGUCGGAGUUUCUUUUCCCCGUCUACGCUCAGGAGAUCCACUCCAGAGAAGACUCUUCACUUCUCGUGCACUCAUCGGAAAACGUUUCCCUUAAUGCCCGCAACGAAAAUGGUGAUGUCACAGGAAGGGUAUCUGUGGGUCCAACAGAGGCUCAGGGAAGUGUUCAAAAUCUGCUCAUUAACUCUCACAGCGACAACAUGCUGUUCGCUGCAGAUGGUGAUCAAGCUGUGAUUGGACCAGACAAACUACGAGUCACAGGUGCUGAAGGAGCGCUGUUCCAGCAUUCAGUGGAGGUGCCAAUGCUGAAAUCUGAACUUUUGAAAGACCUGAGGUUGGAGUGUCCGACCCGCUCUCUCACUCUGGACGCACCAAAAGGAGUUCAUCUCAAAGCGCUGGCCGGCAACAUUGAAGCUGCUUCCAACAUGGACAUUAUUCUGCAGUCUACUAUCGGACUGCUUGUGCUGGAUGCUGAGACCGUGCGUAUGCCGAGCCUGCCCGUGAGCAAAGGAGGGGUUUCUGGAAAUGCUCAGGGUCUCUACGAGGUGUGCGUAUGUCCCAGCGGCAAGCUCUUCCUGUCCAAGGCUGGGGUCACCUCGACUUGCAGCGAGAAUCAGGAGUGCUAGAAAGACGAGGUAAUUGAUUUUCCAUCUCUCAGUAGAUGCGUCUUCUGGGAGGCAGCAAGCACAACGGUUUAUAUCCGGCAUGGGCUUUUUUUUUUUAUUGUCUUUUAUACCACAGUGGGUCUCUGAUGAUCUCAGAGCUAAGAUCCCACUGGCACAUCGAGGCCUGUAAAAAUACAAAUGCCUGCUGGCGUACAUGUUGGAGAUGUCAUGAAAUGCAUAAUUUUAGUUGCAUUCAUGACCUUCUAACCAUUCAGCUGAAACAAAUUGGCACUCUGUUCCAAAUGUAUCUGCAUCAGAGCUGUGGAGAAUUGUUUUUUUACACACGCAUUAUCAUGGCUGGGCAAUGAGGAGCUGGGAACAGCUUACAUCCUAUGCAAUAUUAUCUUGGGGUGCAAUAAAUAAAUUAACAUACAUCAAGGGCUUGGAAUAUUCAAAAAAUAAAUCUCUCAAAUGUAGACCGAAUGUUAUUGAAUAUUUAUUUUGGUUUCCGUGCCCUUCUGGCUCCGAGCCCUUGGUGUGUUGUUGUUUUUUGUCUGGGUGUUUUUAGAAUGUUUUUUAUUUAACAGAAAUGCUGGUAAAUAUCUUGUCAGUCACGUCAGAGAUGGAUUUUAUCUCUUUUUUUUUUAUUUUUGGUUAACUCAAAUUCAGAUGCAACAUCCUUUUUGUUUUUGUUUAAUUUCUUUUAUAUGGUUUAGAUUUAAAUUAAGGUAGCAUAAAGUGUUACUGGAGUGGUAUCACGUGUGUCGUUUUUGUUUAGUAAGAUUGUUUUUUUGUUUUUAAGCCCCACGUACGCACGCAAUUAUGCUUUUAGCUACGAGACAGUUUGUCUUGCAAUAAGCUGGUCUGUUUGGUCAGUAACCUCAUUUACAGCCAAAGGUCUGACUAACUCAUUACCUUUUAUAAUAAAGUAACUUUACUUGUGGGUCGUUUUAUGAUAUGAAAUAAUGGGAUUUUAGUUUUUCCUUUUGCCUUUUUGGGUCAAAUAUGCCUUUUUAUUUUUACACAAUAUGCAUGAUGUGUAAUUAUAAACAAUUGUGUCUGUAAGAUUCUCAGUUCAGGGCAAUAUUUUGUAAUAGUUACGAGUUUUUUGACUGUUUUUAGCGUAAGUAAAAUCUCAUGGCGUCGUGUUAUCAUUGUCGGUAUUGAUAAGUAGAUAAUUUGAAGUUCUCACGUGUUCUGGCAUAUUUUGAUAGUGUGUAAUGUGUAUUUAUUUUUGUAUGUUGAAUAAACUUUGUGCUAUUCUUCUAUGA